UCCACCCAAUGGAUAAGUUGGAAGUGUCGUCUGGGGCGGGCCUGUUGUCAUGGGGGAGGUGGUGGCGCUUGGUGGCUACUGGCGGCCGAGGUAGAGUCUGAGGCGCCGGAGUUGUGCAGGGCCAGCGGCAGUUUUCAGAUUUUGGAGCCUAAGGAAUAUUUUCCAGGGAAGACUGCCAGUGCAGACACUUUGGCAACCAAGAUCUUGAUACAUAGCCACAGACUGGAAUACUGGUGGGCCACAGUCCUCAGAAACCUUAAGACAGAUGAGGAAACUGACACUUGGUGAAGUUACGAAAUUUGUCCAAAGUCACACAGCUUGUAAAAGGCACAGCCAAGAUUCAGAGCCAGGUUGUAAAAGUUAACAUGAACAAACUACGGCAGAGUUUUAGGAGAAAGAAAGAUGUUUAUGUCCCAGAGGCCAGUCGUCCACAUCAGUGGCAGACAGAUGAAGAAGGAGUCCGAACUGGAAAGUGUAGCUUCCCAGUUAAGUACCUUGGCCACGUAGAAGUUGAUGAGUCAAGAGGAAUGCACAUCUGUGAAGAUGCUGUAAAAAGAUUGAAAGCAGAAAGGAAGUUCUUCAAAGGCUUCUUUGGAAAAACGGGGAAGAAAGCGGUGAAGGCGGUUCUGUGGGUGUCGGCCGAUGGACUCAGGGUUGUGGAUGAGAAAACCAAGGACCUCAUAGUUGACCAGACCAUAGAGAAGGUUUCUUUCUGUGCCCCAGAUAGGAACUUUGACAGAGCCUUUUCUUAUAUAUGUCGAGACGGCACUACUCGGCGCUGGAUCUGCCACUGCUUCAUGGCUGUCAAGGACACGGGGGAGAGACUGAGCCACGCCGUGGGCUGUGCUUUUGCAGCCUGUUUAGAGCGGAAACAGAAACGGGAGAAGGAGUGUGGAGUCACUGCUACUUUUGACGCCAGUAGAACCACCUUUACAAGAGAAGGAUCGUUCCGAGUCACAACUGCCACUGAACAAGCAGAAAGAGAGGAGAUCAUGAAACAGUUGCAAGAUGCCAAGAAAGCAGAGACAGAUAAGGCAGUUGUUGGUUCAUCAGUGGCCCCUGGCAACACUGCUCCAUCCCCAUCCUCUCCCACCUCUCCCACUUCGGAUACCACUGCCUCUCUGGAGAUGAACAAUCCUCACGCCAUCCCACGCCGGCAUGCACCAAUUGAACAGCUUGCUCGCCAAGGCUCCUUCCGGGGAUUUCCUGCUCUUAGCCAGAAGAUGUCACCCUUUAAACGCCAACUAUCCCUACGCAUCAAUGAGUUGCCUUCCACUAUGCAGAGGAAGACUGAUUUCCCAAUAAAAAACGCAGUGCCAGAGGUAGAGGGAGAGGCAGAGAGCAUCAGCUCCCUGUGCUCGCAGAUCACCAGUGCCUUCAGCACACCCUCUGAGGACCCCUUUUCCUCGGCCCCGAUGACCAAACCAGUGACGUUGGUGGCACCGCAGUCUCCUGUCUUACAAGCUAAUGGCACUGCCUCAGCCCUCCCUGUGCUUACUGCUAAGCCAGCCAGUACUGCUCUAGCAUCCGUAGCAAUGCCUGUGCGUGAAACCAAUCCUUGGGCCCAUGCCCCUGAUGCUGCUAACAAGGAAAUUGCAGCCAUACAUCCGGGGACUGAGUGGGGUCAGUCUUCUGGUGCUGCCUCUCCAGGUCUCUUCCAGGCUGGUCAUAGACGAACUCCCUCUGAGGCUGACCGUUGGUUAGAAGAAGUAUCAAAGAGCGUCCGGGUCCAGCAGCCCCAGCCCUCAGCUGCCGCUCUGCAGCCAGCUCUUCAGCCUCCUCCACCUGCCGCCACUGCCCCACCAGCAGCACCUUUCCAAGGAAAUGCAUUCCUCGCCUCUCAGCCUGUGCCCGUCGGUGUGGUCCCACCCCUGCAGCCGGCCUUUGUCCCUGCCCAGUCCUACCCUGUGGCCAAUGGGAUGCCCUAUGCAGCCUCUAACGUGCCUGUCGUGGGCAUCACCCCGUCCCAGAUGGUAGCUAACGUGUUUGGCACUGCAGGCCAUCCUCAGGCCGCUCAUCCCCAUCAGUCCCCAAGCCUGGCCAAGCAGCAGACAUUCCCUCAGUAUGAGACGAGCAGUGCUACCACCAGUCCCUUCUUUAAGCCUCCUGCUCAGCACCUCAAUGGUUCUGCAGCUUUCAACGGCGUAGAUGAUGGCAGGCUGGCCUCAGGAAGCAGGCACGCAGAGGUCCCUGCAGGUGCCUGCCCCGUGGAUCCUUUCGAAGCCCAGUGGGCUGCACUAGAAAGCAAGUCCAAGCAGCGCACUAACCCCUCCCCUACCAACCCUUUCUCCAGCGACUUACAGAAGACGUUUGAAAUAGAACUUUAGACAAUCUCUGUGACGUGUCUUUUCUAUACUUAGGCAAGGACAGGGGGCAGAGGAGCGAAGGGGACUGUGCCUUCCUGAUGAGUACACUUCACUAAUCCCUAAGUCCCAAGGAGCAAGUCCAGUGAGGGCGGUGUCCACCGAGUGAGCACUUCCGGAGAGGACCGCCCUGCAGCUAAGCUAGAGAAAUCAAGGAAAUGUUGCCUUGCAGCCUCUCUCGUACCCUUACAAGUCUCUGGCAAUAGAGAGGCCGAAGUAUCUGAAGAGGAAUCUGUAUUCAAAGCACAUAUACUGGAAUAUAAAACGUAACAGUAAGCCAAACAAUCUCCCUUUAUUUUUCAAGCCAGUCACCCAUUCCUCCCAGGACUGGCCUGUCUUAGCUCUAUAGAGAACAGUGUGGCUUGUGCAGGCUGGGAAGCAAGGCAGGCCAUGGCCUGCUGGGUUCACAGGAGGGCACAGCAGCAGCUGCCCAGCAGAGCUAUGUACUGGGGAUAAAGCUGAGCUUCCAUUUUGAGUAACAGGAUAAAUAUUAUAAAUAUAUAUAUAUAUAUAUAUAU